GACUGUGAGUAAAAAAAACGUUUGUGUAUGUACGUACGUACCUACCACUUAUUUGCUUAUGUCGUGAUUUCAAUUCACUGUUUUUGUAAUAAUUUGUGUUAUUUAAAGCGCCUGUAUAUAUUUCUUUAAGACAUUAAUGAAGUUUUAGCGGUAGUGCAAUUUUUAGAUGAGUCUAAAACGCUGUAGUUCAGGAAAAAUGGUGGCAAAAAACAAAAGUAAAGUCAUACCAUGUUCGACUCCAGAGCAACUAAAUUCGCCUUCAAGAGAUAGUGAUUCAGUUUGUGAUUCCGAUGCAGCAAGCCCCGUGCCAUUUCUGUGCACCCAGGAUGGUGCAGAAGGAGAAACUGAUGUUGUAUGGAAUUUCUACACACCUAAAUCAGAACAUACUGUUAGUUCACGGUUUAAAAACUCGACACCGCUCAGUAGAAAAGCCAAAAAACCAGCUAAACAUAAGUUAAUGGAAAAACAACUGCCAAAACGUAGACCAAUACGACAUUCCCAGAAAAAGACUGAACUGUUUCAAGAAUUACUUGAAUUAAAUCAAAAUUUGCAUGAGUUAAUAUCAAAGAAAUCAGAAAAGUGUACAUCAGAGAAUUUCACAUCAUCAAAUAAUGAUGAAGAUAUUUUCAAUGAGUCUUUAGAAUCGCCAAAAGAUUCUCCUAAAAGUGGAAUAAAAAGUAAUUCUAGGUGCCUUAGAAGAAAUGUUUUGAGUUCAAAAUUUGCUAAGCCGGAUCCCGAAGCAGCUUUAGAAUCAGAUGAUUCCAUGAAUGAAUGUCUACUAAAAGCCAGCCAAGCUGUGGAAAAUAUUUUAGAAAAUGAACCCUCGGCACCUAAACGUGUUUGUUAUGACACAAGGAGUAAAUUUAAUUCUGGAAAUAAUAAACCUGAUUUUAGCUUUAAAAUAAAUGAAGAUUCUAUAGAUGCUAUAAUGAACUGUAUUAAAAUAGAGUCACCAGUUGUUAGUAAAAUAAAAAAAGCUGAGUCAUUAUGUAUGAACAAUGAUUCCUUUGAUAAUUUAGUUGGUAAUUUAAAUGAUAGUGUUAUAGAUCAGUUAACACAGAUGCCUAUUAGAAAUGAAAUAAAUCGAAGUAAUCACCCACAAAAUUCAGAUUGGAAAGUUCAGGAAGUAAUAGUACAUGAUGGGAGUCCGUCUAAUGCUUUUGGUCGCCACAAUUCAAUGCCCGAGUCCCCUGUGAUCAAUUCUAAUAAGCCUUCCACUAGUGGCAUGGCUUUUGGCAGGCAUAAUUCAAUGCCAUAUGGAAAUAAAAUUGCCAGAUGUACAGAUCCUGGUGAUUCUCCCAUAAGGUGCAGCCCUGACCAGAUAGAGCGGAAACGACAACAAGCUAGAGAGAAAUUGUUUGCCAAAAGGCUAUUACCAUUUACUUCGAGUCAAAAUAGUAAACAGCUGUCACAGCCUCAGCAAAGUCAAGCCGCACCAAGGAAAGCAUUGUUUCAACCCAGAAUUCCAAGUGCAGCAGUUCAGAAAAUAUCACAACCCACACAGCUACCUGAUUUAAAUCGGAAUCAACAAAAAUCAAAUGGUCCUGUAGAUAUAAAAUUGUUAAUUGAAAAGAAGAGGCAAGAGGCUUUGAUGAAAUUAAGACGUCGGCAACCCCAAUCUAAAUAGUUGUACAUAAUUUGUUUUUCUCAGUUUUGUAUGCAUAUUUUGGCUGUGUGUAUAAUCUUUAAAUCAUACAAAAAUAAGCUUUGGUAAAAUUAUGUUAGAGAUUUUUUUUAUUCUUAGUGCUUAGAGUUCAAAAACUAAGUUUCAAUUAUAGGAAUGUCUAAUAUUUAUGGGAAUUUAUCAUGUAUAUUGUAUGUAAUUACAACUUUGUGUCUUAUCAAUUUUUAUUUUGAUACUAGGGUAAGAUGUUGAUGUGAUGUUAAAAUAUUUUUAUAUUCAAAGGCCAUUUGUUUUACCAAUCCUAUGCGAUUUCAGUGAUUAAAUAUAUAAAUUAUGAUUUCUA